CCGCCAUUGAGAUGGCUUCGGCAUGCAAUUGCCUCGCUGGCGUCGCCAGAAGUGCCAGAGCCUCGCCCGCGCUCCGCGUCCCGUUCCGAACCUCCGCACGGCGAACCUUCGUCUCCUCUCACAGCUCGAGCCCAGCAGUGUCGUUACGGAUAGCCGGAAGGAAUGAUACGGCGUGCGCUUCUAAGAGCAGAAAAUUGGGCUUGCAGGAGGGUAGGCGAGCGAGGAGCUUGCACGAGCAGAUCAAGUCGUUUUCCAGCUCCACCCCACGGCAGAAGCUCAAGACGAUUGAGCAAGUGCGCGCGCGGAAUAAAGGCGGCCCCUUCAAUGUCACGGCCGCCAUUCUCUUCGUUGCGACCGCCGGAGCGCUAUGGGCCUACUUUACCUACGAGAAGGAGCGUAUGGCGCGGAAACGGAUAGCGGAUCAGACGAAGGGCAUGGGGAAGCCGAAGGUUGGAGGGCCGUUUGAUCUGAUCGAUCAAGAUGGGAAUCGGUUUACGAGUGAUGAUAUGCUGGGGAAAUAUUCGCUGGUCUACUUCGGCUUCACACACUGCCCCGACAUUUGCCCCGACGAACUCGACAAAAUGGCGCUCAUGUACGACAAAGUCGUGGAGAAAUGCGGCGAUGUCCUCCUACCCAUAAUGGUCACCUGCGAUCCUGCGCGAGACAACCCAAAGGUGCUGAAGGAAUACCUCCAAGAGUUCCACCCCAAAUUCAUAGGCUUGACGGGCGACUAUGAAGCCAUCAAGCAGACGUGCAAGGCGUACAGGGUGUACUUCAGCACACCGCCGAGCGUGAAGCCUGGGCAGGACUAUCUGGUAGACCACAGCAUCUACUUCUACCUCAUGGAUCCAGAAGGCGAUUUCGUCGAAGCCAUCGGACGCAACUUCACGGCAGACCAGGCCGCGAAGGUGAUCUCAGAUCACAUCAAAGAUUGGGAGGGACCAUUAAAGAAGAAGGAUCGCUGGGCUUGAAGACGUGGAGGUCGAUUGCGAUUAUCAACGGACGGCUGGCGGUUAAGUGACCACCCCUCUCCAUCCUUCAACGGUACAGGCGGUAUCGCAAUGCUGCUAUUGGUGCAGGUAGUGGCUUCUGUACAUGUACAUUUGUAAGGGUAUGUAGAAUAUCAGUGUACCGCUAUGCCACACGUCACCUAUUUCCACGACU